AAUUAUGUUAGUAGACAGCAGCAAGAAAAUUCGUAGAAAGACGAAGGGAUAAUUCUACGAUCUAGAUCAGCUCGUUCGGUCCCGCAAACUGCGCAACAAACGAACGAACGAAAGUAUUUAUCGUAGAUUUCACUGGCUCCUCCUACUUCCGGUUGUGACAUCACACAGGUUCCUCUGAUGCAGCAGCACAGUGGAGAAGCCAUGGAGGAACACAGUAGCACAAGAAAGCCUACCUAUGAGGAAGACAGUGGAAGGAGAAAGUUUACUGCUGAGGAAGACAGUGGAAGGAGAAAGGAGGAAGACAGUGCAAGGAGAAAGUUUACUGCUGAGGAAGACAGUGGAAGGAGAAAGGAGGAAGACAGUGCAAGGAGAAAGUUUACUGCUGAGGAAGACAGUGCAAGGAGAAAGGCUACUGCUAUGUCCAAACAGGAGAUGGUGUACAUGGUGUCCAUCCUGGAAAAAAAAGAUUAUGACUGCAAAGAGGCAAAGUAUUCAAGGCCGAAUACAAGGAAAAAUAAUAUCUUGGACAUAGUCAUCCAAGGGCUUCACAAGAAGUUUGGAGUAACCAGAUCAAAAGACCAGCUUCGUAAAAGAUGGUCAGAUUUGAAGUUGAGAGAGCGAGAACAACUUCUAAGCAUUAGAAGGAUAAUUAAAAAAAAACAAAAGCGUAAAAAGUUGCUUUGGACCAGAAAAUAUUCUAGAGGAAGUGCCUCUUCUUCUGUGGGCAAGCCUGAUCCACCAGAGUCAGAGGAUUGUGAGAAGGAUGACAGGGAGGAGAAUAAUGACUCGGAUGACACUGUGACCAUUGAUCCACUUGAGCAGUCCAAAACCUAUGCAACCUCUGAUGCAACAGAAAAUCCAGUGGAAGAGUUGAGUGACACAUCUCCUAGCAGCCCAUGCAUUCUAUUAACCAGUACAGAAGAAUACAUUGCACCACAAAAACUACUGUAUCUUUAUACAGAGGGACAGCCAGAUGUUCAAAUUUCAGAAGAGUUUUCCAUUGCAGCAGCAACCAAGAACUCUGAUCCAAAAAAAGAACAAAAUAUCUUAGGGGAUAUUGAAAAAUGCAAGCAAAUCUUGGCAAACAUUAAAAAAUCUGUAAAUUCAUUAGAAACAACACUUGAGAACAUAUGCAAAAAAGUUUCUUAUGCUGAUGAAUAAUUUGCUGUAAAAAUCUUGUGCAUUUUUUUCCCCAAGUAUGUUUAUCACAUAAUGUUUUGCAUGUGUUUCAAAUGCAACCAAUCUUUUAUUCUUUUAUUCUUUUAAUAGUGUUGAAUGCUAUAAAAAAUUGCUGCAUAGUGUAUGAACAUAAUAUGCUAUAGCACGUUGCUUGCUGCAUGUG